AUGUCUCAGUCAUCUCAAAAUGAAGAAGCGCAGGAGGGUGGCCUCUCUAUGUCUGGCCCCCUCAUGGUCGGCAAACUGGAGGAAGCCGGAAUUCACGCCAAUGACAUCAAGAAGCUCUCCGAUGCAGGACUCAACACUGUCGAGGCCGUCGCAUUUACGCCUAAAAAGAAUCUGAUAGCAAUCAAAGGCAUCUCAGACGCGAAGGCAGACAAGAUCUUGGCAGAAGCUCAGAAAAUUGUCCCCCUUGGCUUUCAGAGCGCCACUGAAGUUCACGCACGGCGUUCUGAACUCGUUCACAUUACGACGGGCUCAAAGCAGCUCGAUGCUUUACUCGGAGGGGGUAUUGAGACCGGUGCCAUCACUGAGCUCUUUGGAGAAUUCAGGACCGGAAAAUCACAACUGUGUCACACAUUGGCAGUAACAUGUCAACUGCCUGGCACCUUCCGCCCUGCUCGUCUACUUGCAGUCGCAGAACGCUACGGGCUGAGUGGGGAGGAAGUUCUGGACAAUGUUGCAUAUGCGAGAGCAUAUAAUGCUGAUCAUCAGAACUCCCUUCUCACUAGCGCCAGUGCGCUAAUGGCAGAAUCAAGAUUCUGCCUUCUCAUCGUCGAUUCAUGCACCGCGCUCUAUCGCACUGACUUCAGUGGACGCGGUGAAUUAUCGGCGCGUCAGAAUCAUCUCGGUAAAUUUUUGAGAACUCUCCAACGGCUUGCAGAUGAGUUCGGUAUAGCUGUCGUUGUCACAAACCAGGUUAUGUCCAAUCCGGAUGCAUCAGCAGGACCAUACGCAGGCAAUGAGAAGAAACCCAUCGGAGGAAAUAUCAUGGCACAUGCUUCCACAACUAGGCUACAACUCAAGAAGGCUCGCGGAAACACUCGAACUUGCAAAAUAUAUGAUUCGCCCUGCCUUCCUGAGAUGGAGACUCACUUUGCAAUCUUGUCCAGCGGGAUCGGCGACCCCGAAGAAGAGACUUGAAUAUCAAUACCCUCAUGCAAUUCGUAUUCUUGUAGCAUUCAGUUUUCUAUCAUCAGGGAAGCUCUGUAAUUGAUUCUAAAAAGACAUUUUGGUGUGUGAGUGGUUUUUCUUCCGCCUUGGAAAUACGUAAGAUACAUUUCUAUUCGAUAGAUAGAAUACCAGUUGA